AAACAUGGCGUGCUAGCAGUGCGUCAUUUAAUUCUGUUUACAAAUUAUUAAUUUAUCGUUUAUCUUUGAUUAAAUAUAUGAUGUGUUUAUAUAGAGAGGAACGAAAGAUCAGUGUCGCUCCUAAAAUGUACAGGAGCUCGGCCAUCAGUUUAAUGAGAGUGUAGCGAGUGCUUAACGGCGAGCGUGAUAACAGGAGGGGCCGGGGCGGCGGCGCUCGGCGGUAGCUGCGUGGGCGGGUGAUAUGCAAGCGGCGCCGACGCGCUACGUGUCCGCGAGCGAGUUGUAUUCGACAGACGAAGUGGAGCUGCUGCUGGAGGAAAUCAGGGAGCUGGAGCCGACGAGCUGCAGAGGGGAGGACGUGCAAGACUUCGAGAUCGCGGGCAGCGGGUGCGCGGGCGCGGGCGGCCGCUCGCCCGCCGCCACCGACCUCACGGACCACUCGUGGGAUUCACACGCGCACUACUCGCGCGUGCCUCCGCCCCGGCCGCAGGCCCUCGCCCCUCUCUACUGCCGUCUCUCCUACCUCUUAACGCCUUUCGGAUCUCUUACUUUUCUGCUAGUUCUGUGCACGCUGUGCGCGUGCGCGUGCACGUGGGCGGCGGUGGGGCUGCGCGGCGCGGCGGCCACACGCCCGCUGCUGUUCGGCGCGCUCACCUCGCUGAUGGCGCACGGCCUGCUGCUCACACUGCACAUCAGUCGGCUGGUCGCACUCUUCCCCAUGGACUUUACCAAAUGGAGCGGUUGGCUGGGCGUGUGGAGCGCGGCGUGGCUGCUGAGCGGCGCGGCCGUGCUGCUGGCGGCGCCCAAGCCGCUCGCCGACGGGCCGCAGCGCGCGCCGCCCUCCGCCGCGCUGCUCUACGCCACUGCGGGUGUCGGCGUGUGCGGGUCGGCGCUGGGGCUGGCGCUGGCGCUGGUGGCGGCGCGCGGCGGUGAUAAAAGAGAGAGGUUUUUAAGAAAAACAUGUAUCUUUAAAAAGAUAGUGACCAAGUUCCUCGUUAAUUUUAGUACUGUAUAG